UAUCACGCAGCUGUUCCGUGACAACCCAUAUAAGCGUACUUGGUUACUCACAAUAAAGUUGUAAAUAAAUUUCAAAUUCACGUUUUCAAAUAUUGUUACCAAAGAAGAUAUAGAGAAAACUAAAUUAACUGAAAACCGAGAUUCCACAGGUUUGAAAUAAAUACAGAGGGUCAAGUUCAAAAUGUGUCUGGCUGUGCACUUUCUUGGCAUGUCGGUGUGGGUAUUGUCACAUGCAGAUACCUUUGCCACUGCCAAUACUUCGUCCAUGUCGUCAAUAACAGGAUUUGGAAACAGCUAUAUAGAAUCCAAAUAUUCCAACCUUCCUGUCAUUGAUUUGGGAAUUAAAAUUACUGAAAAGGAUCUUAAUAACUCUGUAGUCUUUGCAAAUUCCGUACUAAAUAAUAUGAAAAGACUAGAAACAAGUCUUGGAUGGUCUGACAUUAGGGUGAAAACAGGGACGCCGUCUCAUGGAAUGUUUAUAUCAUUUUCACCGGAACGAGAAGCGAUAAAGUUAGGAAGGGAUGCUUUAGUAGCAAUGAAGGCUAGUGUCCAACUGUUAAAUUCCUUCUGUAACAAACAUAACUUAAACCACCAUGCCUGUGCCAGAUAUCUUACUAGCUUCAAAUUCUCAGGAACACCAUUAAACUCUUCAUGUACGCGCAUGGAAAAACGUUGUUCUCACGAAGAGUACCUUUCUCCAUAUCGCUCCAUAGAUGGAUCCUGCAACCACAUCUCAAACGGCAAAAUGGGAGAGUCAUUUACUGGGUUUACAAGACUAUUAUAUCCCGAUUAUUUGGACGGUAUACAUGAGCCUCGCAGAGCUGUCAACAGGAAUCUUCUUCCAAGUCCUAGAUCAAUUAGUUUGUCAGUUGUCGACCAUGUGGAAAAGCUUGAUGAACAUCUGACAUUAGCCGUAAUGCAAUGGGGUCAAUUUUUGGAACAUGACUUGAGCAGACCAGCUACAGCUGUUAUGAUUCAUACAGAAAAACCGAUAGAAUGCUGCAGCGCGCAAGGUAAGAAUUUAUCUCCAAGAUACAUCCAUCCGUUCUGUUCUCCAGUUUAUGCAUCGACAAAGGAUAAUAAGCGCUAUACCAAGAAAAGUUUAGACUGCAUGAAUUAUGUGAGGUCGAUUCCUGCUUUGAGAUCUGAUUGCAGCUUUGGACCCAGUGACCAGGUAAAUCAAGCCACUCACUUUCUUGAUGGUUCUCAAAUAUAUGGCUCUACGUACAGAAAAUCCAACUCUUUGAGAUCAUUUAUUAGCGGAAAACUUGAAAUGAGUGACGAAAACUAUCUCCCAAUGUCGCAAAACCCUAUGGAAGACUGCCAAGUGAAUUCAUCCAAAUCAUUUUGCUACAAAUCUGGUGAUUCGCGAGUUAAUUUUCAACCGCAACUUACCGCCAUGCAUACAAUUUGGUUCAGAGAACAUAAUAGGAUUGCGGAAGAGUUGGCAAAUAUAAAUAGUCAUUGGGAGGACGACAUACUUUUUCAAGAGACUAGGAGGAUAGUAAUAGCAGAAAUGCAACACAUUACUUACAAUGAAUGGAUCAAAAAAAUUCUAUCUAGUAAGUACAGAAGCAUCAUUGAAGCCUUCAGUAUUUUUGAUGAAAACAUCGAUCCCUCGGUCAGUAAUAGUUUUGCAACUGCCACAAUGAGAUCCUUGAAAUCUUUAUACGAUGGAAAUAUUAAGCUCUUCAACGAAAAUCGCGAGGCAAAUAGUUCACUUAGUUUGCAAAAAUAUUUCAAUAACCCCAACAAGAUACAACAGCCUGGUAUAUUGGAUGCUCUUAUUAGAGGGCUUGCAACGCAAAGCAGCCAAAAAAUUGAUAGGCACUUUGCAGAAGAUCUAAUUAAUAAACUAUACACAAAUGGGCAUUUCGGAUUUGAUGUUCUUAGUAUGGAUAUCCAACGUGGUAGAGAUCACGGCUUGCCAGGUUAUACUCAGUACCGUACGUUAUGUGGUCUUCGAAAUGCAGAAAAUUUUAACGAUUUUAGUGACGUUAUGCCAGAAAAACAUAUCAACAUUUUAUCAGAGACUUAUUCUAAUCCGAAAGACGUAGAUCUAAUAGUGGGUGGUAUAUUGGAAAACGUAGAGGAAGGUUCUAUAUUUGGGCCAACUUUUUCCUGCAUCAUCGCUGACCAGUUCAUGCGCACAAAAAAAGGAGACCGUUACUUUUAUACCAAUGAAAUUCAGCCGAAACCUUUUUCCGUCGCGCAGUUAAACGAAAUUAAAAAGGUAACAUUGGCUAGGAUCUUUUGUGAUAAUGGUAACAAUAUCACAUCCAUGCAACGCGAUGCUUUCGAAAAAGUUAAUACGAGAAACAAUCUAGUCAGCUGUGAAGGAGAGGACAUUCCUCGUUUAAGCCUUUCCCUGUGGGAAGAAGGUAGAGGAAGAUACUUUCAUUAAUAUUAAACUAGAAAGAAGACUGAUUUUUAACUUAACUGUUUGUUUGAUAUGUAUAUUUACCACAUUUCCACUUUUUUUUAAAUGUUGUCGUAAUUAAGGCGCUCCUUUUAUAGCACUGUGAACUGUUAUACAGGGUCGGAAAGUCCCCAUGGUUCAUCGGCCGUUACGUGAGAGCGAUAAAGAGAGUCAUAGA